ACUUCGGGCUCUGUGCUCUGCAUGGAACCUGCUUAAGAUUCUCUCCUUAGGCCCCUCCCCACUCAUGCAUGCUCUCUCUCAAAAAGAAAAGAAAAAGUCGAUCUGUCCUGAGAUCUACCACUGAUCCCCACUGAUAGGUCUAACUUUGACAUGGCCUGUUUCUCCUUGCUUAGGAACAACCAGGUAUAGGUGACCCUCUCCUCCAAAGUUUCACUAAAACACCUUCCUACAAAAUCAGCCGUGAGACAGUAAGAAGGUUUCUCUUUCCCAGUCAUCUUCUCACCUGUAUGCUUGUAAAGCAGAAAUUGUGCCCUUUUCCUGAACUCAGACGUUGUGCCUCUUGCUAACAUGUUUCUUCUCCUUUGAUUGCAAGUCUAACCUAUUCCCUGUUUAUAAUUUCUGUCAGACAGUGAAAUUUCUGAGAAGCUGUCACCUGGAAGUGGGGAUGAAGAACAACGUCAAAUGGGAACUAAACCCUGAAAUAGUCGCCCGCCAUUUCUUCAAAAAUCUUGGUGUUGUGGUCACCCCGCAUGCAUUAAAGUUACCAGAAGAGCCCAUUACGCGGUGGGGCGAGUACUGGUGUGAGGUGACGGUGAAUGGACUUGACACUGUGAGGGUACCUAUGUCUGUGGUGAACUUUGAGAGGCCCAAGACCAAAAGAUACAAGUACUGGCUAGCCCGGCAAGCUGCCCAGGGGGUGGCCCCCACCAGCUCCCAGACGAUCUGAACCUUCUCUCCCUCAGAAGCAGAAGAGCAGAAUCAGAGGAGCAGUGAGCGACAGUGGGCCUGCACGCUGACACCACUCCCAGCUCUGACCAAAUAAUGGAGUUUUAGAGAGCACGUGGGGACAUGGGCCUAACCUGCAUGGCCACAUUGACUCGUCCGUAUCUCCCACCUCUGUCUUUGGCUGUUAGCACAUCGGCCUUACCUGGGCCAUCCUGCUCAAGGAGUACCAGGCUGUAGAUUUGAUAAGCUGAAUAGUAACAGAUGAAAACAGUCUAGAUCCUGUUGAGCCUGGAAUUUGCUGGAACAAAUGGAAGAGCUACCCACUCUCUCCAGUACUGGUCCCAUUUUCAUACAUACUGAAUGUUUGCAUCACGAGAGGAAAUAAAGAGGUUGUGCUCUUUUUA